ACUGCUGCCUCGCCAGAGCCCUUGAAAACAAGGGUCUAGAGGCAUGUGCUAUACCAAGGAGCUAUCACAGCGGCGUCCUCUGAAGAGAGGACCCGCUAUGAACAUGUAGGGCUAAAAACAUGCAAGACAACAUCUUUCAGAAAACUCAGGACUGCGUUGGUGUCAAAUAAUGGUUCUUGGCCGAGUAACAUAACAGGAUGAAGGGGGAUGCGCUGCCGGUAGGCUAAGGGAAAAUGUUUCUUUCUUUCAUAUUCGGCUUCCCGACACUCCAGGAGGACGUGGAGGACGGUCAGCCUCUCCCCGCAUCUACCGCAGGUUGGAGGAUCAUUUUCAGUAUCUGCUGUCCACGCAGUUCUAUGCAAGGAUCUGGGAUAAGUCCUCUCUUUCUUGUAAAAAGAACACAAGAGCUUUUGUUAGGAUUGAUCUUAAACCCAUUCUUGUCUGCCCACAUUGACACUUUGUUCAGGCCAUGCUGUACCUGCCUCUCGCAGACUGCGAGGUUACAAGAUUUGAAACCUAUUUGAAUGUCGUCCACAUAGAGUAAAAGACGGCGGGUGGUAGUGAAGCACGAAGCGUGUUCAUCUUCACGAUAAAGAGCGUGCAGCUGAGCACGCCUCCUUGGGGUACACCCGUUUCUUGCGUAAAAGGACGUGAGAGUGCAUUGCCGACUUUUACCCGGAAAAUACGAUUUGAAAGAUAGCUUUUUAUUAUAUUGUUACAAGCACGGGGAAAAGGGGUUUAUUCAAGCGUGCGAGAGCAGGAACGGCAGGCUACGAACAUAUUACCAUAUUAAACAUAUUACCGUGGAUGCCCAUUUCUGACAGGUCUCUUAAGAUUCCGUAACGCCACGUUGUGUCAUACGCCUUUUCCAUAUCGAGAAAUAUCGAUAGGAAGAACUGUUUAUGUAUAAAUGCGUCCCGGAUAUUCCCUUCAACACGCACGAGAUGAUCGGUUGUGGAGCGCCCUUCUCGGAAGCCGCACUGAUAAGGAUCAAGCAUUUUGCUCUCUUCAAGGAAAUGAAUAAGUCGCCGAUUUAUCAUUUUUUCGAACACCUUACAAAUGCAGCUUGUGAGGGCUAUCGGGCGGUAACUUGCCACCGAGGAAGGGUCUUUGCCUUGUUUCAAAACAGGGACUACAAUGGCUUCUUUCCACGCGGUUGGAAGGUACCCUGCAUCCCAGAUGGUGUUGAAAAGUGUAAGUAGUGUAAGUUGCGUGUCAUUGUGUACGUUUUUGAGCAUUUCAUAUAAGAUUCUAUCAGAUCCUGGUGCGGAACUCUUACAUGCGCUCAAGGCCGCUUUCAGCUCGGCAGCACUAAAUUGUCGGCAUUUAUUGAUGAGUGGCUUGCAUUCUUCUAUUUCUUUAUAUUUCAGGAAUGUUUGCGAAUAAUGGUUGGAGCUUGAUACACUCUCGAAGUGCUCCCCAAGUGAGUCUGCUUGUUCAAGCAGGGUAUCGCCUUGUGGGUUUACCAGGGGGAGUGAAUGUGUUUGCCGCCCUCUAAUCCUAUUUACUCUGUUCCAGGCUUUGGCCUCAUCCCUAAACGAGUUAAUACUUGAUAAAAACUUUUGCCAGCUUUCUCUUCUGGCCUGCCGGCGGGUUCGCCUGCCUUGUGAUUUUACUUUUUUAAAGUUAAUAAGAUUCUCUGCAGUGGGGGAGGCGCGUAGCAACCCCCACGCUUUGUUCUGAUUUUUACGUGCGAUCCUACAAUCGUCGUUCCACCACGGGACACGCCGUUUGCAGGACAGACCAUUUACUUGUGAUAUACAUUUAGAUGCGGCAUCUAUUAUGAAGGCUGUAAAAUAUUCGACAGCAGCGUCAAUUUCUAGCGAGGACAUGUCAUCCCACGAAAUACAAGAUAGAGUUCGAAAUUUUUCCCAGUCGGCAGUGUCAACUUUCCACCUAGGAGCCUGUGGUGGAUAUUCCUUUUCUUCGGGUGUUCUAAGCAGUAUUGGGAAGUGGUCGCUUCCGUAAGGAUUGUUGUUAACUUGCCAUUCGAGUUCAGACAGUAGUGACGGGGAGACUAGGCUAAGAUCUAUUGAAGAAAAUGUUCUGUUUGCAAGAGAAUAGUAUGUCGCUUCCUUCUUAUUCAGUAGACAAGCACCAGAAGAGAAAAGGAACUGUUCAACAAGACGUCCUCGCGCAUCUAUACGAGGGUCGCCCCAAAGGUAGUUGUGUGCAUUGAAGUCGCCUAGAACCAGAUAAGGUUCUGGCAAUUCAUCUAUAAAGGACUGAAAUUCAUGUUUAGUUAAUUUGUAAUGUGGGGGUAUAUAAAGCGAGCAAAUAGUGAUGAGUUUGUUUAGCAGAACAGCUCGCACCGCCACUGCCUCAAGGGGCGUACGUAGCUGUAAAGAUUGACAUGCUAUACUUUUAUGAGUGAGAAUCGCCACACCACCCGAUGAUGCGACGGCAUCAUCGCGAUCUUUGCGAAACGUAACAUAGGUACGGAGAAAGUUUGUGUUUUUGGAUUUUAAGUGUGUUUCCUGUAAACACAGCACUUUUGGAUUGUGUUUAUGGAUAAGUUCUUGAACAUCAUCUAGAUUCCUAAGUAGACCUCUGACAUUCCACUGAAUGAUUUGUGUAUCCAUAUUUUAAAUUUAAUUGGUGCUGUGUUUACGGAAACGGAAGGGAUGUCUUAGAUUACAGAGCCCUUUCGAGGCCCUGUAACCGGGGUUUUGCUCUUUUUGAAGCGUUCGAGGGAACCUCGCCGCUCCUUAGGCGCCUGGGGCGCCUUGGGGAUAGUUGUGGUGUCCAUUGCCUCUUGUGAGGCGCCGGACACGUGCUCUUGCGAGCGAGAAGUUACCAGGGAAGGGCCCGCCUUGGAGGGCAGGACCCCUGCGCCCACCAGCCCGGAGGUCGGUGGGGUUCCCUGGGGGAUUUGGCUGCGCCGGCCAUUGCCAGCACUGGAAGGGACCUGGGAGGUUGAGGCAGCCUCGGCUGCGCCCACCUUCGGGGUCGAUGGCCCCUUUUCCUCGGUUGGCGGAGCAGCGCUAGCUGCAACCACCGUGGGGGCAGAUGGCGUAACUGCCGACUCACUGCGUGUGGGUCGGACAGUCGCCGGAGGCCGUUGUGACGCUGCCCCCUGACGCGCCACUUCGGCAAAGCUGGCCUUAGGAAGACGGGCAUGACCGCGAGUAUGCGGCAUGCUCGCCAUCACAAUUGACACAGUGGAAAGCAUUCUCACAAGCUUCAGAGGAGUGUUCGUGCGCACUGCAUUUCGCACAAGUUUGGCGGCCUCGGCAGCUCUGCGAACUGUGGCCAAAACGCUGGCACUUGAAACAUCGGAGGGGAUUUGGCACGUAUGGUCUUACACGGAGCUUGAUGUACCCGGCCUCGAUUGACUCGGGCAAGACACUUGAAUUGAAGGUGUACUUCAUCUGUAGCGCGGAUUCUCCAGCAAGGGCUGCAAUGCAGCACUUCAUCCAAUUCAAUUGUUACUAUGGCUGCAGUUGGUGCUACCACCCCGGAGAAUAUAUCGAUGGCACUGUCAAGUACACCGUUAGCCAGCUGUUUCAAGACCGCACUCACAAAGAAGCUCCGUCAGAUUGUCAACAUGAGAUACUCACAUGGCUGGCUGCAUUCAGGAUUGUGCAACGACAGCAUGGGAAGUUGCUGGUAGCCAUCGAAAGCAAAUUGAACACGCAGACGACCUACGCAGACACCAAUGUUGUUUCGGAGCCUUUCAAUGAACUGGAGGACUUCACGCAGUUUGAUGGCAGCUUGAGCAGGCCUACCAAGGAAGCUUUGGUUGGUGCAGCUCAUCAGCAAAGGAGACAGAAGUGAAGUCAUGCACGCGAAGAAUUUCGAGGACCCUAAUGUCAAGGAGCUUGGCGGCCUCAUUCUCGUGGAAUGGGCAAAAAGGACAAAAAAAGCUUUUACCACCCUCAAGCUCCCAGGGCGCGUUGUCCAUCUGUGAAGGAGGUUCAUAAAUGAAGCGACUAUGUUGUAGAAAAGGCCAUUAAGGAUUGGCUGCGUCAUGCUCCUGCCAGGAAUCGGGAUCCUUCCAAAAUGAUGGUAAGGGCACGCAAGGGGGCAAUGCCCAGCUAGUCCCAGCAAAAAGUGGAACACAAGCUGGCUCGUGGCGGCACCACAGAGUGGCUGCGGCUUCUACGCUAUGGUUUUCCUCUGAGAAGCCACGCGCAGCCAUACACAGCAACAUGCAAGUGUAAUGUUUAUUCUGGCCAUACAAAUACGAAAUGACGUUUCUGUCUUUUUGAGAUUGCAAACAUAUACAUUUUUAAUUUAUUUAUUCAAAUGAGCAAUAAUUGUAUUACUGAGACUUUUCUUGCGAUCACAAAAUCGCAGUGGCUGUUGUGAGUUCACUUGCUUGCA